AUGAGUGCUACUGAUAAUGACAAGAAUUUACUACUAGUAGAAAAGUUUGCACGGUUCAGUAGCACUACAUUUUGUGCUGAUAAAUUUUACAAGACCAUUGGCUAUGGAGUUGGAGCAAUGGGGCAUUUAGUAAUGCACAUGACGCAACAAGAGACUGCGAUCUCUCAAGGUUUUCAAGCGAUUGCAUCAAAUAUUUCAAUGGCACGUUACGUUAUCCGCUUUACCGGUGGUUUUGAAUCGUAUGCGGCAUGGAAAAAUGGAUCCUGGUGCUAUGAUGAUGAUGAUGAACAUGUGCGACGCCUUGUGAGUCUACAAGCGCUUUCUAUGAUGAUCUAUUAUCCAUUAGAGCAUGUAUCAUAUGUGGGAUUUGUAGCACCAAAGUUGCUGACUGUGGAUGCAAUGAACAUCUCACGACAGUCGUGUCGAGCAUGGGGAGUUUACAUUCUACUGGAUAUCUACGCCAAUGCACUUCGGAUUCGAGCGCUCACGACAAAGGAAAAGCAGCUGAUGGAACAACAAGAUCUUGUGGAUGAAGAGCGUUCGACUCAACUCGCAAGCAUCCAAGCUCGGCGUCGUGAACUUUAUUACGUGCAACUCCGCAACUUCUUUUACGCUGGACCUUGUAUUCACUGGUCUCUUGAGAAAGGAUUCCUCCCAGACCGCCUCGUGAGUUUUCUGUGCGCGGCAGAAGCUAUCGUCGGCCUUUGGCGUUCGUGGGCAAAUACCAAGUAA